AUGUCCACUGGCUUCCUGCCAGAAGUGCCAACUGUUGUCAGAUCUGAAAUGAAGUGUAGGAUGUUUAUAGAGAGCAGAGUGUGCAGGAAGUUGAGGUGGCAUGUGCAUCAGGCAGAUACUGCAGAGGAAAGUGAUCCAGCAUUUGUGGAGCGCACAGUCACCUGUGGGGACGUAGAGGCUGUGGAAGUGUUGGAGGGCGUCUAUAGGAGUCUGACGCAGGAACGGCCUCAAAACUGGAUGGACUGUGUCAGAUGGGCCCGCAGAGAGUGGGAAAUACUCUACAACAACCACCUUAGGCAACUACCACACUGCUUUCCUCCUAACCAGGUAACAAGCUCUGGUCUUCGAUUCUGGAUGGGUGCAAAGAGAUAUCCACAUCCUUUGACCUUUGACACCAGCAAUACUACACAUAUGGACUUUAUUGUGGCAGCGGCCAAUUUAUACAGGAACCUCUAUGGGAUUGAAGGCUCCAGGAAUCAUGUGGGCAUUCAGAACAUUCUGCUGGGAGUAAAAAUGCCAGAGUUCACUCCUAAAUCUAGUGUAAAGAUUGCAGUGACCGAUCAAGAGCUGAAAGAGGAGACUGAUGAAAGAAGAGUAGAGGACAACGUUAAGCAAGAAUUGCUCCAGGAGAAAUUGUCAAAACUCCAGCCGAGUGAUCAGAACUUCCAAAUGCAUCCACAGGAGUUAGAGAAGGAUGAUGGCAAUUUCCACAUGGACUAUACCGUUGCAGCCUCCAACCUGAGGGCAGAGAAUUAUGAUAUACCAACAGCCAACUGCCACAAUGUUGCAGGACAGCAGUUCUCUCUCUGGGAUGACUAUCUGGUCCAUGGCCGGCGUGAGGGUCAAGAGGAAAUGACCUUGGAGGAGCUGCUGAAACACUUUAAAGCACACAUGCUCUCACCAGCAGAUGUUCGAGAUCAGGAUGAGGACUGUGAGAAGAUCCCGCCCAUCAGGUGA